AACUCAUAUUUGUCAAUUUGCACCAGGUUUCAUUUUUUUUUAUCUUGUAGCUGAUUAAGUCUCUAGGUUAAUUUUAAUUUUGUUGUUUAGAUUUUGUAUGAAUUUAAUUAGACUUGAAUUUUUAGGUUUAACUUAGUUUGAAUUAGGAUUUCAAAUUAGAAUUAGCUUUAGUUAAUGAACUUUGAACAUUUUAUUCUAGUUCUUGAGUGUUGUAGUGUUGAUGGUUUGGAUAAUAAUUCUUGAUUUAUUUUAUGUGAAAGCUGAUUAGAUUCUUUAUUCCAUUGGGUUCAUACCCUCCUAGUGUGGGUCUUCAAGAGAUGCGAUGGUCAACUAUCAUGAAUGUGAAGUCAAAUUAUGGGAUAAAAGAAAUUGACAAGGAGAUCCAUGCAUUCCACUAAGUUACAUGUGGAAUGGUGUUAAUUGCAGCUAUGCUAGUUCUUCUUCUCCACGGAUCAUAUACUUGAACUUAUCUUCCAGUGGUUUAACUGGAAACAUAGCAUCAGCCAUAUCCAAUUUGAAGUCAAUAGGAUAUUUGGAUUUAUCAAACAACAGUUUGACAGGAUCAGUGCCUUAUUUCUUAUCUCGACUUCAUUCCUUGAAAGUUCUGAACCUGGAAGGGAAUCAACUAACAGGAGCAGUUCCAAUGCAACUCAGAGAGAAGUCAAAUAAUGGCAUGUUCAAAACCAGUGCAAGUUUUGGAGGAAAUCAAGGUCUUUGCUAUUCAGGUUCAUGUAGCAAUAGUAAUAAAGUUGUGGUCCCAUUGGUGGCAUCACUAGGUGGAGGUUUUGUGAUUCUAGCAAUAACAAUCACUUCUUUCUUCAUAUUCAAAAGACAUAGAGUAGCCUCUGAAAUGGGGAAUCUGAGAGCAUAUUCAAGAAUAAAGAUGGAGUUAGAGUUAAAUAAACAGCAAUUUAGCUAUGCUGAAGUCCAAAAAAUUACCAACAAUUUUAAAAGGGUUGUGGGAAAAGGAGCAUCUGGAACAGUGUAUCAUGGCUAUGUAGGUGAUACUGAAGUUGCUGUCAAAAUAUUGUCUCCUUUAGACUCAAACUCAGCCUAAGUAUAUCUACAAUUUCAAGCACUAUUCACCCGGUGAGAACAAUAGAAGAGGAGAAUCUUGAUUAUGACAGUAACACUUGCUCAUCCAGCUUGAUUUUUAAUAGUCCCUCCUAGAAAAAUGCUCUUUAGGCCAGAUUUUGAGAUGGAUAAUUUAUUUAGAAUAUGUUUAAUUU